CCCCACGGAGGAAAACUAUAUAAACUGCAAAAAUACUCCGUCAAGAUGACAAUACCAUCAAGCUCAACAAUCUCUUAAUCGGAUACUUUGAAAAAAUCCUUUUGCGAGCACGCUGACGACGAGUGACCUGCAAUUUUGAAUUCGUCUCUACUUCCUACAAUGUCUUCCAGCAAAGCCCCUGGCAAAUUCGGGUCUUUACAAUCUGUUUUCCGACCAGCUACCAGCUGCUGGGUGUGAAUAUGCACUGUCGGACACUGACCGUGGAUUCCAGAAUGCAAUCGAAAUGGGCAACAUUGCUGCUGUCCGCAGCUUUCUCGACCUGGGCAUCUCGGUGGAUGCAGUGGAUUCGUACAAAGUUAGCUUACUUGCUAUGGCAGCUAGCUGCAACCAGAUUGAGGUAGCCAAGCUGCUCAUAGAGCGAGGUGCAAAGCCCUUGGAUGAGUACCCAGCUCCUCUCGCACUCGCAGUUUUGGAGCGGGAUCUGUCAAUGGUGACUCUCCUCCUGGAUAACGGAGCAACGAUGUCUUACGAGGCCGCGCUUUUCAUCCUCUCGUACUGUGAUCUGGACACUUAUAAGCAGAUCAAGUACCAAUUCUCUGUGAAACGCGGAGACGUCUUCGGCAACACCAUGCUGCAGCGUGCUGCAGAAAACACCAAACACUCUGAAAUCUUUCAUCAUAUUGUUGCUGAUCUUGAUAGCGACGAGUAUUCGCUUGACCACCGGAAUGACCAAGGCGAAACAGCUCUCAUGGUGGCUAUUGAUUCUUGUAAUCUAAGCGUGGUGAAACUCUUGAUCUCGGCCAAACAUCGCGAUGCAGCCGGUCUCCGUCUGCACUCGCGCGAUGGCAACUAUCCCAUCCACAAGGCAAUCCUAGCCGGCAGCAUGGAAAUGGUCAAGAUGCUUGUGAAGGCUGACCCGGCCGUUGUCAUCGACAAAGGCGCGCUCAACCAGACCCCCAUCCACCUCGCCGUCGAGUGCAACAAGAUGGAAAUCCUCGAGUUCCUCUUCCGCAACGGCGCAAAAAUCUCAGGCUACAACACCCAGGGUCUUCUCCCAUUGCAUCUCGCCGUGCAGCACCGCAACACCGCCAUGGUUAGGUUCCUCCUUCGAUUCGGCUCCCCCAAUAUCACUAAUUCCGCCAACGGUCUGUGCCCCUCGGACCUGGCCCGCCGUUUGAAGUAUCAUGGCACCGCCUCCAUCAUCGAGCAGUGGCCAAAUAUCGACCCCUCCCUGUAUAGAGAUCACCCAGACGGGCGGCCCAUCUACCGCAUCUGAGUUGUUAUUAUUGAUGAAAAAAAAGCCCUGCUAAGUUUUCUUCCCACGUUGUUCCCUUUUUGCUAACUAGAGAAGCAGUCUAUCACAUCAUAUCAUCCUUGAUAUUGUUCCUGAGCUCCUGGGUUUCCUAUGUAUAUUGAGCAGGCGAGUUUGGUUACAAUAUAACCAGUUCACGGAUUCCCAUCGAGUUAGAUUAUCAUGAGAGUAGAUCAAUCACCUUCAUUAACUACUUCUAGCUAUAUAAUGAACAUAAUGAACAUGAC